AUGGUUGAUAACGGGCAAUUCUGGAGCGUUGUCACGGUGAAUGCGCUGCUGCUGAAAGGGAAGAUUAGUUUCUUUCAGUCCGUCUGUGUCUUGGGUUAUUGCAUCUUUCCCCUGGUCAUUGCAGCAUUUUGUUCCCUGAUGCUCAACGUCAUCUGGUUGAAGGUGAUCUUCGUGGUCAUUGGCUUCACCUGGGCCACGGGCGCCUCAGUGAACUUCAUGUCCGAGUUGCUGCCCGAGGAUCGCAAGGCCCUAGGUGUCUACCCUGUGUGGCUCUUCUAUGUGGCCAUCGCAUGGUUGAUCCUCAUCUCGUGA